AUGAUGGCGGAAGGUUAUGUCACGUUUGCCUCGGUGGAUGAAGCGGCGGACGAGAGCGCUGGAUUCCGCGAACCUUCGACGGUGCCCACGACUCCGGACGGGAGCUGCACGUUUAGCCCCGUGCUCAGCGUCGACGGGGAGAGGUUUACCGCGUUGGAGAACAAAGGAAUCGAAGGAAGACCCGGUCUGGGCAGCACCACACAGAACCCCGUCCGCAACAUCUGCUGCGUGGGAGCGGGAUACGUCGGCGGACCAACAGCCGCAGUCAUCGCGUUCCAAAACCCGCACAUCCGCGUCACCGUCGUCGACCGCGACGAACGGCGCAUCCGCCGGUGGAACUCCAAACACCCGCCCAUCUACGAGCCCGGCCUGCGGGACAUUGUGCGAGUCGCCAGGGACGGCGCGAGGGAAUGCGCCUUUCCCACCGAGCCCACUGCCAAGAACACCAGCACCACCGCCGCCUCGUCAGCGACGUCCGAGUGCGGGAGCCAAUGCGGCGGCGACGAUGGCCCCUGGACCGCCGUCCCCUCGCGCGCGCCGAACCUCUUCUUCUCGACGCGCGUCUCAGAGUGCAUAGCGCAGGCGGACAUCAUCCUCGUGGCCGUGAACACGCCCACCAAGACGCGCGGCCAUGGCGCCGGCAGCGCGACGGACAUGACGGCGUUCGAGGCCGUCACCGCCGAGGUCGCGCGGCACGCGAGACCGGGCGCGAUCGUGGUUGAGAAGUCGACCGUGCCAUGCCGCACCGCGCACCUGGUCCGCGAGACGCUCGCCGUCCACCGCCCCGGGGUGCACUUUGAGAUCCUCUCGAAUCCGGAGUUCCUCGCGGCCGGGACCGCCGUGAACGACCUCCUCCGGCCGGACCGCGUACUCAUCGGCUCCGAGACGACGCCCUCGGGCAAGUGCGCGGCGGCGGCGUUGGCGGGCGUCUACGCUGCCUGGGUGCCGCGCGCGCGCAUCCUGACGACGAACGUGUGGUCGUCCGAGCUGGCGAAGCUCGUGGCGAACUCGAUGCUCGCGCAGCGGAUCAGCAGCAUCAACUCCAUCAGCGCCAUCUGCGAGCGCACUGGCGCGGACGUGGACGAAGUCGCGCGCUCGGUGGGUUGCGACCCGCGCAUCGGCGACCGCUUCCUCAAGGCGGGCAUCGGGUUCGGGGGCAGCUGCUUCAAGAAGGACAUCCUGAGCCUGGUGUACCUCGCCGAGAGUUUGGAUUUGGACGAGGUCGCGGAGUACUGGCUGCAGGUGGUCAAGAUGAACGAGUACGCGCGGGAGCGGUUCACGCGGCGGGUGGUCAAGUGUCUGAACAACACGCUGGCGGGGAAGAAGAUCACGGUGCUGGGGUACGCGUUCAAGAAGAACACGAGCGACACGCGGGAGGCGCCGGCGCUGGAGAUCAUACGGGCGCUGCUGGAGGAGGGGCCAAGGGAGAUUGCGGUGUAUGACCCCUGCUGCAACCCGCUGGUCAUCAAGGAGGAGAUCGGGCAGUUGUGCGGGGAGCUGAAGCCGCUCAGGGAGGACGGCGGGCCGUUGGCUAUCUACGGGGAUGCGUAUGAGGCGUGCGAGGGGAGUAUGGCGGUGCUCAUCACGACGGAGUUUGACGAGUUCCGGAACAAGGCGCCGGCGCCGGCCCCGACGACCAACGUCCAGCAGCAGCAGCGGCGGGUCGACGUUGACCCGCGGCCGUUCCAGAGCCUCGAGGUCGCGCAGUCCGACGUGCUGGCGCUGCACAGGUUCCUCAGCCGGCGGCAGUCUUCAGACGACCCGCUGGGGCGUUACGAAGCUGAGCCUGAGUGUGCGUCCGACUGCCCGGAUUGUGAGGCGGAAGCGGCCAGCGAGGUAUCGGGGUUUGCCACGGGGAUGGGCACGACGGAGGAGUACAGGACCAAGGAGAAGGUGGACUGGGCCAGGGUGGCGAGGGACAUGCAGAUCCCGAGAUGGGUGUUUGACGGGCGGGGAGUGAUUGAUGCCGGGGAGAUGGCGAAGCUGGGCGUGAGGGUGGAGAGUGUUGGACGGCAGGGACGAUCGUGGAGUUGA